AUGCAGUGCGCUUUUUGUUGCAGAUUCCCCGGCCGGUUACUGCGCUGCUUCUCUUCGUCUGCGCCGCGUCACGAGAUCCGCGAUGUCGCUGGGCUGGCCCAGCGGCUGAUUCCCAAAUACCAAGAAACCCAGGGCGAAUUGUUAUCUUUACGAUGGCCAGCGCCGCCUCGCAACGUCCUGUUGGUGCGCAAGGACUGCGCCCCGGCAGUGACUGACUCGCUCGUUGAAUUCGCAAAUCAUAUUACCUCUACAUAUCCCUCUGUUGCCGUCGUCCUCGAAUCCAAAACCGCCGCCGAGGUCCAUUCGUCUCUUUCGUUCCCUGUAUAUACUGCAUCCUUGGAGGACAAGCCCACGGCAUUUCACGACAAGGUAGACCUCACCGUGACGUUAGGUGGAGAUGGCACGAUUCUACACGCGAGUUCGCUAUUUGCGACAUGCUCUAAUGUACCCCCGGUACUGUCUUUCAGCAUGGGUACCCUGGGCUUCCUGAGCGAGUGGAAGUUCUCCGAGUUUAAACGGGCGUUUAGAGAAGUCUACAUGUCCGGGGCCGGAGCUGGAGAUCGCACUUCGCUGUUGGAAACAAAGACUGCAGCGGACAAGCAGGACGCGCAGGAUGCGCAGGACACACAACUAGGGCCGACUGGCUGGUCCUCUGUCCGGGGCAAGUCCAUGGGCUCAACUCGGGGAGCUCCCAUUUUGAUGCGCAACCGACUCAAGGUCGGACUAUUUACCGGGGACGGCCAUGAGUCUACUCCGAUCCGGGGCAAAACCGACCAGGGCCAGGGGGUGUACGUCAUGAACGAAUUGCUCAUCCACCGUGGUAAAGAACCACAUCUGGCGGUCGUGGAUAUCUGGGUGGGAGGCCGAUUCCUGACCGAGGCCGUGGUGGACGGGAUUAUUAUCUCCACUCCCACGGGAAGUACGGCGUACAGCCUGAGCAGUGGCGGCAGCAUCGUGCACCCCUUGGUACCGUCUAUCCUGUUGACUCCCAUCUGUGCGCGAAGUCUCAGUUUCAGGCCCUUAGUUUUACCCUCCAGCACACCCAUCACACUCCGGCUGAGCGAGAAGAAUCGUGGACGAGAACUGGAAGUCAGUCUAGACGGUGUCAACCUAGGCCAAGGGAUGGCAGUCGGUAUGGAGGUCCGAGUGUGGAAUGAGGAGAUGAGGCAUGGCCGGAAUGAAUGGCAGGGCGGCGUGCCCAGCGUCAUGCGGAGAAGCAGUGGCGAAGAAGCGCACGAAGGAUGGGUGGGCGGCCUCAAUGGGCUCCUCAAGUUCAAUCAUCCGUUUGGAGAGUGA